UCCUGCUCUACGCUGGCCGUUUCCUGUAAUCGUACAGUGUUGUGAGACGGAGAAAGCCAUGUGUGUCGAUGCAAAGGGCAUCAGUACACACAUAUAUUGAUGGAUCUCUUAGUGUUCAGUCCAACCAGAGAACCGAAAAGUAACUCCAGAGAGUAGGAGAGGAUAGAGGGGAGGAAGAGAGAGAGGCAGAAAGAGGGUGAACUGGUGGACUCUCUCUUUUCCUAUUCCUCACUCCCUAAUCACUGAUUUCAGCACACCUGCAGGAUCCUUUCGGACUUGUUGGAUGUUUUUGUACCGACACUGGAUAUCACUCUUUCUUUGCUUUUUUUCACAAACUUUUUGACAAGAUGGCAGACCCUAUUAUGGACCUCUUUGAUGACACACCACUGUUCAAUUUGGACUCCCUGCCGGAGGAUGCGUUCUCCCAGGGUUCCUCAGACCCAGUAGAGGAGGCGCUGAAGUUGGCAUUGGGCCAAGUAGACCCUCCUACAGACCCCAUACCUGACCCUGGUGUUCCUAUUCUGAGUGACGUGGUCACAGAUCCAGCUCUAAUCCCAACUCCUGUCUCUGUUCCACUGCAAAACCUUCAAACUCAGCAGCUCAGCCAGAUCCCCCAUGAGGUCUCUGUUGCCUCUGCUCCCAUUUCCAUUCAGCCCUCCCUCUCGGUGGCCAGUAACAGCAGUGGUGCUGCAACAGUCUUGCUGAGCUCUUCUCUUGGUGUACCUGUGUCAGGGGCUCAAGUCACCCCUCAGCAGCAGACUCAGCAAAUCACUGCUGUUACGCAACAGGCAGCGGGACAGCACGCCCCAAAAAUUGUCAUUCUGAAAGGCCCGCAGGGUCAGACUCAAGUGCUGCAGGGUGUCACAGGAGCCACGGGCUCUCCAGGGAAAGUCACCCUCGCUAGAGUUCUGACAGGGACCCCUCUUAGGCCCGGCAUGGCAGUUGUUUCUGGAGGGACGGUAUUAAAUGCGACAUCUCCUGCGCAGGGGCAGGUCAAAGUUGGCACUGGAGUACAAAGGCUGGUUCAAACUGCAAAUGGCCCAAUGAAACAGGUGUUACUGACCUCAGUGCCCCAGACGCAAUCGCAGGUGCAGACACAGCCUGUCCAGGUGCAAAUACCUGUGCAGACACAGCUGCAGUCACCAUCGCAGCCGCAACAGCUUCAGGCGCAGAUCCAGGCUCAGACACAGGUGGCAUUACAAACACAAGCCCAAACGCAGACUCCUACUUCUCCGGCAGCAGCAGGCAUCCGACCUCAAAGUGUCACACUUUCUGCAGUACCACAGCAGGGGGAAGCAAAGAGGAUCACUCUGGUGCUACAGCAGCCCUCACAAGGUGGAGCUGCCCAAGCUGGGACGGUGACAGUAGGGGGAACUGCAGGGUCGGGUCAGCAAGGCCAGCAGCCCAGGCUGGUGUUGGGCUCUCUGCCAGGGAAGUUAGUCCUGCAGGGAGACCAGCUGGCAGCACUCGCCCAAGCCAAGGCAGGUCAAACGGGUGCACAGGCAAAAGUGCUCACUAUUCAGCUGCAGGUUCAACAGCAGCCCAACCAACAGGGAGCCAAGUUUCAGUUGGUUUCUGGGGCAGCAAAUGCUGGUGGCAGUCCACAGGUGGUGCAGAUUUCUCAAGGCCAAGGAGGACAAAGACUAGCAGUGCCCCUUAAACUACUGCUGCAGCCACAGUCAAACACUGUUUCCAGCGCUGGUGGAGCUGUCUCUGUGGUUAAAGUUAUCAAUACCUCAGCUGCUGGCUCGACGUCCGGCACCACCACUACAGCUGCAUCUUCCGGGGUACGCUUGGCAAAGAUCCAGGAGCCCGUACGGAGAGUGGAAACGCUUUGCAAGCAAGAGAAAGCAAAUCGCAUUGUUGCUGAGGCCAUCGCACGGGCCAAAGCCAGGGGUGAAAGGAACAUCCCACGAGUGCUCAACCAGGAUGAACUACCUGCCGGACAAACCUCAGCAGACCUAGAGGGCGCAGGAGGGGCUACCGGAGCCAAGAAGAAAGGAGGAGGAGGAGUUGGAGGUGGUGGAGGUGGAAGCAAGAAGAAAAGCCCAAGUGCAGGAGGAGCGAAAAUGGUGGUGGGAGGAGAUAAGAAAUCCAAGGCAAAAACUCCAGUUAUACCUGGUGGAGGCAGUAAAAGCAAAUCUAAGACUAAGCUCAACACCAUCACUCUAGUGGGUAAGAAAAGGAAAAGAAACCCGUCUUCUGAUCACUCAGACGUAGAUCUCAGCCCACCUGUUUCGCCCCGCACACUGGAGGAAGAAAUGUCACAGAAGAGACGUUCAAACCGGCAAGUGAAACGGAAGAAGUACACUGAGGAUUUGGACAUUAAGAUCACAGAUGAUGAAGAUGAAUUGGAUGCAGAUGUUGAUGUGACCACAACUCCUAUGCCCGCAGUAGGGCAUGUCCAGCCUUUGGGAGCAGAGCUCCCCCCGGAGCUGGAUGGGGAUGGUCUUCCAAGCAUGCAGUUUUUUGUGGAGAACCCAAGUGAGGAGGAUGCUGCUAUUGUGGAUAAAAUAUUGUCUAUGCGGGUGACCAAAAAGGAGGUGUGUCCAGGGCAGUAUACUAAUGUAGAGGAGUUUUUUGUCAAAUAUAAAAACUAUUCGUACAUGCACUGUGAAUGGGCCAGUCUUGAGCAGCUGGAAAGAGACAAGAGGAUCCAUCAGAAGCUUAAGAGAUUCAAGACGAAACAGGCACAAAUGAGGAACCUGUUCCAAGAGGAUGAGGAACCUUUCAAUCCAGAUUAUGUGGAAGUUGAUCGUAUUUUGGACGAGUCACAUAGUGUUGAUAAAGACAACGGGGAGCCAGUUGUGUACUACCUGGUGAAGUGGUGCUCUCUACCCUAUGAAGAUGCUACUUGGGAGCUGAAGGAGGAUGUUGAUGAAGGCAAAGUGGAAGAAUUCAGGAAGAUUGAAAGCCGCCAACCACGACUCAAGAGAACUCCUCGGCCUGCUGCAAGUGCCUGGAAAAAGCUAGAUGAGUCCACCGAGUAUAAGAAUGGGAACCAGCUCAGAGAAUACCAGCUUGAGGGAGUCAACUGGCUGCUCUUUAACUGGUACAACAGGCAAAACUGCAUCCUAGCGGAUGAAAUGGGUCUGGGGAAGACAAUUCAGUCCAUUGCCCUGCUGUCAGAGAUGUUUUCUGCGGGGGUCCAGAGCCCGUUCAUGAUCAUUGCCCCUCUGUCCACGAUCACAAACUGGGAAAGAGAGUUUUCGAACUGGACUGAUAUGAAUGCUAUUGUUUAUCACGGCAGUCUGGCUAGUAGACAGAUGAUCCAGCAGUAUGAAAUGUACUGCAAAGAUGACAAGGGACACUUGAUACCAGGGGCCUAUAAGUUUGACGCUCUGAUCACAACCUUUGAGAUGAUUCUAUCAGACUGCCCAGAGCUGAGGGAGAUUUCCUGGCGCUGUGUAGUUAUUGAUGAAGCUCACCGUUUGAAGAACAGAAACUGCAAACUCCUCGACAGUCUCAAGAUGCUUGAAAUUGAGCAUAAAGUGUUGCUUACUGGCACUCCACUACAAAACACAGUAGAGGAGCUCUUCAGUCUGCUGCACUUUCUGGAACCGGCCCAGUUUCCCUCAGAGAUAGAGUUCUUGCGAGAGUUUGGAGAUCUUAAAACUGAGGAGCAGGUGCAGAAACUACAGUCAAUCCUGAAGCCCAUGAUGCUGCGCAGACUGAAGGAAGAUGUAGAAAAGAACCUUGCCCCCAAGCAAGAAACUAUUAUUGAGGUGGAGUUGACCGAUGUACAGAAAAAGUAUUACCGUGCUAUUCUGGAGAGAAACUUCAGCUUCCUUAGCAUGGGAGCCACACAAAACAGCAAUGUACCCAAUCUCCUCAACACAAUGAUGGAACUUCGAAAGUGCUGCAACCACCCAUACCUCAUUACAGGUGCUGAGGAGAAGAUCGUGUCUGAGCUGAGGGAGGUGUAUGAUCCUCUGGCUCCGGACUUUCAUCUCCAGGCUCUGGUGCGCUCUGCAGGGAAACUGGUCUUGUUGGAUAAGCUGCUUCCUCGCCUCAAGGCUGGCGGGCACAAGGUGCUCAUCUUCUCCCAGAUGGUGAGGUGCCUUGACAUCCUUGAGGACUACCUCAUACACAAGAGAUACCUGUAUGAGCGCAUUGAUGGACGGGUCAGAGGAAACCUGCGACAGGCGGCCAUUGAUCGCUUCAGUAAACCUGAUUCAGACCGGUUUGUCUUCCUGCUUUGUACUCGGGCUGGAGGUUUGGGCAUUAAUCUGACCGCUGCUGACACCUGUGUCAUUUUUGACUCUGACUGGAACCCGCAGAAUGAUCUUCAAGCUCAGGCACGUUGCCAUCGUAUUGGUCAGUCUAAAGCGGUAAAGGUGUAUCGUCUCAUUACCAGAAACUCCUACGAGAGGGAGAUGUUGGACAAAGCUAGUCUUAAACUGGGGCUUGACAGAGCCGUUCUGCAGAGCAUGAGUGGAAACAAGGAAAGCAGUGUCAACGGGAUCCAGCAGUUCUCUAAGAAGGAGAUUGAGGAUUUGCUUCGUAAAGGUGCUUAUGCAGCCAUAAUGGAUGAGAAUGACGAGGGCAGUCGUUUCUGUGAAGAGGACAUCGACCAGAUCCUUCAGAGACGAGCAACUACCAUCACAAUAGAGAGCGAAGGCAAAGGAUCCACUUUUUCCAAGGCUAGCUUUGUGGCGUCUGAGAACCGCACAGAUAUCGCUCUAGAUGAUCCCGAGUUCUGGCAGAAGUGGGCUAAGAAAGCAGACAUAGACAUGGAUUCUCUCAACAGGAAGAAUACUCUUGUCAUCGACACACCAAGAGUAAGAAAGCAAACACGUCAGUUUUCCAGCCUGCGUGGAGAGGGUGGUGAUCUCUCUGACUUGGACAGCGAUGAUGACUACCCACCCCAUAAUUCCCGUCAAUCCAGAGCCUCCAGACGCUCUGACCGGCAUUCUGGAGGAGGCUAUGGUCGCACAGACUGUUUCCGAGUGGAGAAACAUCUACUCGUUUAUGGGUGGGGUCGUUGGCGAGACAUCCUGUCGCAUGCUCGCUGUAAGCGGCGUCUCAGUGAACGGGACGUAGAAACCAUCUGCCGUGUCAUCCUGGUUUUCUGUCUGAUUCAUUAUCGUGGAGAUGAGAACAUCAAGAGCUUCAUUUGGGAGCUGAUUACCCCUCCAGAGAAUGGACGAGAACCACAAGCUCUGCUCAAUCACUCUGGUCUGUCCAUCCCUGUUCCUCGCGGCCGAAAGGGAAAGAGAGUGAAGGCUCAGAGCUCUUUUGACGUGCAGAAGGUUGAGUGGAUCCGCAAAUACAAUCCUGACAGUCUGCUGCUGGAUGACAGUUACAGAAAACACCUCAAACACCAGUGCAACAAGGUUUUGCUGAGAGUACGUAUGCUUUAUUAUCUGAAGCAGGAGGUCAUUGGAGAACAUGCUGAUUCUGUAUUGAGUGGAGCUGAUGCAAGGGAUAUUGAUAUCUGGUUGCCUGAAAUGGAGCAGCAGGAUGUUCCAUCUGGCUGGUGGGAUGCAGAAGCUGACCGAUGUUUGCUUAUCGGAGUCUACAAGCAUGGAUAUGAGAUGUACACCACCAUGCGUGCAGACCCCUGCUUGUGUUUUGUUGAGCGAUGUGGUCGUCCAAAUGAGCAGGACAUUAAUGCAGAGCAGCAAGCAGCAGACCCAGAGCUUGGAGAGGGAGGGGACUACGACAAGUACUCUGAAGAUCCAGAGUUCAAACCCGCAACGAGACAUGCCAAGGAGAUGUAUGAGGAGGGUGAUUCGGUGAAUGCAGAUGGUGAGAUUUGUGUGGAGGAUCGAUCUGCCCCUAUGCAAGUUGAAGGACCGUCUUCGGGAUCAUCUGAUUUGUGUUACUGGCCCACCAGCUCAUCGCUCACAGCCCGACUGCGACGUCUUAUCACAGCUUACCAGCGCAGUUACAGACGAGAGCAGCUUAAGAUCGAGGCAGCAGAGAAGGGGGACCGUAGGCGAAGACGCUGCGAACAAGCUACCAAACUCAAAGAGAUAGCCAGACAAGAGCGACAGCAACGGUGGACUCGUAGAGAAGAGUGCGACUUUUACAGGGUGGUAUCGACAUUUGGGGUGGAAAGGAUAAAGAAAGAAACAGAUGCUCCAGAAGGGGACGAGCAUCACAUGGACUGGAAUCGUUUCCGUUCUUUUGCUCGACUCGAUAAGAAAACCGAUGAGAGCUUGACACGUUACUUUAAGUGCUUCAUGUCCAUGUGUCGGAAAGUGUGUCACAUUCGGCCAGGACGUGGAGACGAAUCUCAAGAUAUGUCUCAGUCUCUGGCCCCGAUCACAGAAGAGCGAGCCUCACGAACUCUCUACAGGGUCACCCUGCUGUGUCGGUUGCGUGAGCGUGUUCUUCCUCACCCCUCGCUCGAGGAACGCCUCAGUCUGGCACCACAAACCUCUGACCUGCCCAGUUGGUGGAGCAUCCCAAAGCAUGACCACGAGCUUCUCUUAGCUGCUGCCAGACAUGGAGUGAGCCGCACUGAACUCUCCAUCUUCUCUGACCCACUGUACUCCUUCAGUCAGAGCCGCCUCGACUACCUCCAGAACCAGCAGGCUCAAGCAGCUGCACAAAUCCACGCCUUCAGUCAGUCACAGGAUCCAGCCGGCAUCAAAGAAGAGGGCCUGGAGGAUGAGUCUCGACUGCUGGGUGUGGAGGCUCUCUGUCCGUCAGACUCUCCGGCCAUGCUGCUCUCUCAUUCUGACAGCAAAGUUGGCAUUCAGGCUGGCUGGGUCUGGAAGAAGAGCAAAAACAACGGGCCGAGUGAGAGGAAAUUGGGAGGGGGAGGAGGAGGGGCUUCAGACUCUGAUUCUGAUUCAGAUUCAGGCUCGUCUUCCUCCUCUCGGCAUUCAGGCAGCUCAGAUGAUAGUGGAGACAGUGAUGUGGAGAGAGAACAAGCAGCAGCUCUUAAGAUGUGUGAUGGUGAUGAAGAAAACAGCAUCCUCUCACUCACGCCGUCACAGGAAGGAGCUCCACCUGAGUCCCUCACUGACCCUCUAAGAGUGGACUGGCCCAAAGACCGCAUUCUGAUCAACAGGAUAGAAAACCUCUGUUCACUGGUUAUUACGGGACACUGGCCGUCAGGUCGCCGCUACAUCUCUGACAUCCAACUUAACACUGUAUCUGAUGAGCAUGAACUCGGAGAUGACCUCGGUUACUCACGGGUGGCACGAAAAAUCAACAGUACCUUAUCUGCAGAGGCUCUCGAAGGCCAGGAGUCAGAGUUUACAGUAAAGCUCCUAAAGGAGGAAGGCCUAAAGCUGACCUUCUCCAAGCAGGCUCUGAUGCCAAACGGUGAAGGGAGUGCACGCAAAAAGCGAAAGGACCAUGAGCUGGAAGAUGCAGAAGGGGUUCUCCACGCUCCCCGCAGGAGGGACCUUCCCAACUGGCUCAAAGAAAACCCAGAUUAUGAGGUUGAGGGAGAUAUGCUAGAAUUACUGGUGAACCGGACCAAAAGGAAGAGGAGGAGGAAGAGGGUGGAGAAAGGAGCAGCACUUACUGGCAGCGAGAGAGUGAAGGUCAUAGACAUACGGACAGGCAAGAAGUUUGCUGGAGUGUUCGGGCCUGCACUACAGGACCUGAGAGAGCACCUGGAGGAGAAUCCUGACCACGCUGUAGCACCGGAAUGGUCUGAGACUGUUCGCCACUCGGGCUUCUUGCCUGAGAUUUUAUUCCACAGACUGUUGAGUCCCCACGCUUCAAUCCCCAAAAAGAGCCGGCAUUACCUCCACACCCCUUCCCUUCAGACCGACGACCCUCUCCUGGGAGGCGGUGAAGGUGAGAUGCUAGUUUCUGACGGCGCCUACAUGAUGGACGAUGAAGACCUGGAGGACGGAGGUCACCUCACGUCAUCUCACCACUUCCUCACUCCAGCCUAUGAUGUGAAAAUGGAACCGAGCGCGCUCGAUAUGGACGGAGGCGACAGUUUGUCACAGGGCGGUUAUGAUAGCUCUGACAGAGAGGCCAUUUUGGAUGAUGUCAUCAUGGCACCCAAACAUUCGGACACUUCCUCGAGCUCAGAGGAUUGACCAAAUCUCACGUUAGAUGUAGUAGACCGAGAUCAUGACAGUCUUUUAUUUUAUUAUAUUCUGCCUUCAUUAUUUUUAUAAUUAUUAUUGAUGUUAUUGCUUAAACUAUGGAGUAACAGAUUCUGUUUUUUCUUGGGUUGGAUUUGUACUUGACUGUUUCGUGUAGAUCGAGGAACGAUACGGGCGCCGCUGUGUUAUCUAUUUUUUUGUUAAGGUUUUUUUCUUUACACCUCAUUCAGCACAUUGUGCGAAACCUUAAUUCCAGCUGGUUGAAAUAUAUGAAUUUAAUGCAUCACCUACCCACAGUAAGCUCUGCUUUUGGUCAUUUAUUGGCUGGAAAAGGAGUGGUUUGUCUCACGUCCUCAGGCUGAACUGUUUAACAGUGUGCUGGAGGAUCCAUAGUCACGCACUGAGCUGAGCCAUCAUGGUGCCUCGGUCUGGUGAAGAACAUGGAGUUUUUCUGUUGGAUGUAUAUCAUUUUUUUUUCUGUGAGUGCGUGCGUGUGUGUGUUGGGGGAGGGGGGUGGGUGAUGUUAGGGAUUAGGGUUAGUUACUGAAACAAUGUUAGACAGAUGAUGGCUGUAUUGUACAAAGUAGAGUUGGUCCUAUGCCUGCAAUGAUGCAAAAAUUAUGCGUUUAUUCCCGUUUCAAUAACUGACUCCAACUGUCUCUGUGAUAUAAAUAUGAAUAGCAGUCUACAGUGGAAACUGAUGUCUGUUGACUUCAUUUCAUCUAGUGUUGGUAUUUAUUUAAGUAAUGAGCACUCAAGGAUUAUUUUUUUUUUUGUUGUCUGCCUGGAAUACACGCC